CUUUCAGCUGCACCACCGGCUAUAAGUAAGAACUCAUGUAAUUUGGCGCGAAGUCAGCUUUGACUGAUUGUAACGUGCAAUAACGUUUUACAGUAUUGAAGUUAAUAAAUUAAUAAAUAAUAAUGGAGUUUGAAGAGAAAUUACGAGAAAAUUUUAAACUAUUUGAAUGCAAAAUAGUAGAUGAGUCAGUUUUAACUAAAUUUGUUGAGAUUUACAAAGAUUUUGAGGUUGAUGAAGAUGGUAUUGCUGAAAGCUGGGUAGAAUUUGUUAAUAGAGAUGAAAACGAGCCCUCAAGUACAGACAUUACCACAGAGAAAGUUGAAGCCUUUGAAGCAUGGUUUAAAAAAAACAUUGAUAAACGUUGUGCUAAACCCGAUUUACCUUCUGACUCGGGUACAGAGUCGACUGCAGAAGAAUUAUCAAAUUUAGAUAGAAGUAUAAAAAAUAAAGGUUCUGAAAUAUUAGAACGAAGCAUACUGAAUGUAUUAACUAUUAAAACGGAAGAAGAUGACGACAUUUUGGAGAUGUAUGGCCGGAAAAAGAAUCCUUCUAAAAUUAUCCAAUAUGAAACAAGUUUUGCUGAUCCAGAAGUUCAUGAAGACAAAGAGAAUGACGAUGAAGACAUUGAUGCCAGUACUAUACAGAGUAGAAGUGGAGAAAUUGUUCUUAAAUUUGGAUUUGCAGUAUCUGAUUGGAACAAUGUAUCACCUCGUAAAAGUAAAGUUCAAAGGACAGAUUUUCCUCAUGCAUCACCUAUUGAGGCACAUCUGUUUGUUCAAAUGAAAGAUUAUAGCGUUUUGAAUGACUUGUGUCGAUUAAUGUCCAGAGUUUUUUGUGAAAUAUGGCUGAAAGAUAAGGAGCAGCUUGUCAUAACAUCAAAUGUUCGUGAAAAAACUUUCAACAAAUUCCGUACGUGGGGCCGUAUUAUUACAGAUAAUGAUGGUAAGCUUACUACUACGUCUAUCUUACUGAUGGGUGAUCCAGAUCAUUGGUAUCAUUCAUUGGGUGAAUAUGAGACUGAAGAUUAUGAAAAUGAUGAAGUAGACCUCGAAGACAGCGAAAUUGUUGAGUCGGAAGAGUCAUCAGAUUCAGAGGAGGAGGAAGAGAGAAGAGGAAAGGUAAAAGUAAAAAUAGAAGAAGAAAGAGAAAAAGAAGAAGAAGGAGGAAAGGGAACAGGAAUAGAAGAAGACGAAGACGGAGAAAGCGAAAAGAAAAAAAAGACAGAAGAAGAAGAAGAAUCACUUGGUGAUCCAAUAAUUAUAGAUAUAAGAACGAGAAAAGAAUGUAUACCACUAGAUGUCAGCCGACUCAAAUGCUAUUCAUUUUUCCCUGGUCAAAUUAUAAGUGUUGAAGGAAAAAAUCCUACUAAAGAUACACUUUGUGCAUAUAGAGUUAUACCUGGUAUUUCUUUUGGCCCUAAACCGCCUGUAUUAAAUGAACCUCUACAUAUAAUGGUUGCCGCGGGUCCAUUUACUUCUAAACCCGGUAAUUAUCAACAACUUUACAAUUUAAUGGCUCAUGUGGCACAAACAGAGCCUAAUGUCUUAAUUCUUAUUGGUCCUCUUAUGAAUGAGAAAGAUAUUGAACCACCAAAAAAAGAUAUGUUUGAAAACUUAAUUACUAAAAUUAUGAGUUAUGUUGAUGGUAAAUCUACUCAAGUGGUAUUGGUAUCUUCGUACGAAGAUGUUCUGCAUGAUGGUUUCUAUCCUACUCCUGAAUAUCGUUUACGCGAGUCAGUAAAGAAGCCAAAUCUUCAUCUAAUGCCUGAUCCAUGCACAAUUGAAGUUGAUGGUUUAAUUAUUGGAAUAACAUCUGUUGAUAUUAUCAGACAUUUGAGUAGCGAAGAAAUCAGCUAUAAAAUGCCACAGCGUGAUCGACUAGGACGUUUAGCUGAGCACUUAUUGUUACAGUCAUCAUAUUAUCCACUUUUUCCACCAGCACCAGAAGUACCAUUAGACUUACUUUUGUGGGCCGAAUGCAGUACGAUGAAUGUCCACCCUCACAUUCUUUUAGUACCUUCAGCCAUGCAAUACUUUUAUAAAUAUAGCAAUGGUACACAUAUCAUUAAUCCAUCUAAAGUUUCAAAAGGCCUUUAUACUCAAUUCAAUGUACGAAGUAAUGAUCAAUGGACUGAAAAUAGUAUUGGUGGUGAAAUUCUUCGAAUUUAAUUAAAAUUAUCAUGCCUUGAAUUGUUAUGCAUUUACAACAAAAUGAUAUAAUUCCUUAGUAUCUAUAGUAUUUUGUAUUUUUUUAUUAAAUAAAUAUACGUAUAUUUAUUAUAA